UUCGAAUGGUCAGGUGACCUGUGACCUUACCCAAAUAGAUUCGCCUGCGGAUCGUAGUGCUUCGCCGCUCGCAACGCCGUUUGCAACCAUCUGACAUGCUGCUUCGUGAUUCAAGCAACUUGCUUCAGUCUGUCAUGGAUUCGCCUCGCAUAGCGCUGACUGGUAACGAGUGGAAUUUGUUCAGAAGAAUGAUCCAGCUGGAUGGACGAGGAUUGCUACUGCUCAGUACAAGACUGUCAGCGUUGACCAGGCAACAAACUCCGAGUCAGAGAACGAGGCCACUGAUACUACCGGAGCCGAAUCCCCCUUCGACGAUGCUAGCGAGCAUGACCUCGAUGCCAGUGACGUGCCAAUGGAUGCACUCCUUGAUCAUAUGGCUUCCGGGGGUGAACACGUCCGUUCUGACUGCCGUAUCGAUGCAGAUGGCGGACUUCUGUGUUCAAACCACUCCGAAGUCUAUGAUGUGGGUGACAUUACUGCCAAAGAUGUGGAGAGUGGCUCGAAUAGUGUUCCGAAGGUUGAUUACAGGUGUGGAAAGCGUAGACGCAUUGCAAAUUCGAUGUAUGAUGAUUUCUGGUCCCAUUAGCGCAUAACCUAUGUUUUUUUUCCCAUAUGUCACAAAUUAGCUUCGUCCCACCAAAAAUUCAUGUGACAGUCACACCAAAUAGAUUCGAUUCGUUAAGGGCUGUGACCUGUGACGAACCUAGUGUCGUAUCUCUACAGUAUAU